GCGCGAUGUUUGGCGCGUGCGACGUUGGAGCUUGAAAAAAGUCGCGUCGGGGCCAACGCUGGUACUUGGCGGAAGCUGUCGAGAAGCUGCCAAAAAUCACCAGCCAGGCGCAACAACGCCGGGGCAUCAACUACCCAGAGAUACCGCAGAUCCCCGGCCCGCAACGCGUUGAACAAUCGCCGACUGCAUUUUCAAUGCCAUAGAUAACCUCCAUACUAAUCGUCAGCCCCGACCUUCGACUCGAUUCCGGCUUUUCGUCGCCUGCCAACAUGCCCCAAUUCUCCGUCCCGGACGACAGUCCGCCUCCAUCGACUCCAGACCGCACGUCUCGCGGGGGCAUGUUCCGCUUUGAUGACCACCCCUCGACGACCCCGGCGGGACCGCCCCCAUCAUCAGCCGCUAGCUUCACACCUGCCGGCGCCCCCUCGGCUUCGUACCUGGGGAGCUCCAUGAUGCGCGGACUCAGCACCUCCACAAAACCAGUUACUAAGAUUAACUUUGGCAGCCGGGCAUCUGGCGGCUCCAAGCAAAACCUCCUUCCACGCGGCACUCGCUCUCCGUUGGGGCGCUCCAUCAUCGGAUCGAAAGGACGCCAACCAUCCAGGCUCAGCCGACAGGUGGCGCCAGACGACGACGAGGAUGACGAAGACGAGGACGAAGAGGAUGAUGAUCAGGUCGGUGGUAAUGCUCGUUCGGCGCCACGCACAUUUGGGCUGGAAUACAGCGACGAGGAUGAGUCCGAUGGGGAUAGCGAGCCCGAACAGGCAUUUCCCCGCCACCGAACAGCGCGAAGAGACGAGGAACAGGACGAUGAAGAUGAUGGCGAGUACGAGGACGAAGAUGAUGGCCCUGUCUUGGAUAGGACCCGAGACGAUAUCUGGUUGGACCAGGGGUUAUCGCCGGAUCAUGGAGGGGCCGACGACUCGGAUCUAAUGGACCUUAUGACGCCAGCCAUCAAUGAUCGCGUGCGCCGCGAGGCCGAAGACAUAUUCCGAGCAACAACCAUGCAGACGGCAGGGCGCGCCGCCAGGGAACUGAACUUCGCGCCUGUGGCCAAGAGUCUGUACGAGCAGAUGGGCUAUGCCGCCUUGACUGAGCCUCCUGCGCUGGUUCUCGAAACAGACAGCUUGGUCAGCCAGCUGUACACCGAGGGAGUGGGCGCAGAAGACGACGAGGCCAGGUUGGACACCGCUCUGGCUCGCACAUCUAGUCAGCUCGUGUCGCUGUGGCAGGAAUACGUCAACAGUUUACCAAAGGACGACGAGGAGCACGCGGCCGGCAUAGGACCUGGUCCCCACGCGACACCGUUCGAGAACGCGACCUUCCUUGCCCGACUCGCUCUCCAGGUUCACCACACGCGGUAUGCCGAUGCCGACAACGAAUCGCAGUACCUCCCGCUGCCUGAUGUCCUCUUCCAGUGGCUGGGGGACAAUCAUAACCUCUACCCCAACCAGUCGGAGCAGAUCAAGAAGCAUAGUCCAUCUCCAGCAUGCCACACGCUGUUUUGGCAAACCGUAUUCAUGAGUCUCCUCCACGGCCGCGUCGGGGAUGCCUUGUCUCUGCUUCGAGCCGGCGGGUUCGAUCAGGUGAGGAAGGGUAGAGUCCUUGCUUACACUGACCGCGCGCUCUCCAACGUCCUGCGGGCAGUGCACGAGACAUGUGAGGUCCUGGAGGCCUGCCCAGGGAUGAACGGCGAUUGGGACCUCUGGAAUAGCGACUGGACUCUCUUUCGAGUCAGGGCCAGGGGCGCCCUGGACCAGCUCCGCCGCUUCGCCGAGGGCAAGGAAAAGUCGCUGGCCGCUUCCGACUUCUCGGAGACGGGCCGUGGCCGCCAGUCCAUGGCAGGCAUGGCCCGCAAGGCCGAGUCCCAGGUGCCGUGGGACAUUUACGAGAACAUUAACAUCAUUUUCGAUAUAAUGCUGGGCUCCCAGGAGAGAAUAGUGCAGGUUUCUCAAGACUGGUGCGAAGCCACCAUCGCAAUGCUGGGCUGGUGGGAUGAGGGUAGGGACACAACCACCAACGAGUUACGCAUGUCACAGUCGCUUUCUCGGUCGCGCACCUUGGCCCAUGCCGCGUCGCGCAUUGCCAACCCCGAAGACUAUCUUGACCGGCUCGCGCGGUCCUUCCAGACUGCCGUGAACGCCGGGCUUGGUAUCAACUCUAAUAGCCCCCUCGAGGUUGGCAUGGCGUGUGUGUUUGAGGACAACCCUAAGGGACUAGUAGGCAUCCUGCGGUCAUGGUCCCUUCCUGUCGCAUCUGCCGUCGCCGAGAUUGCCACUCUGGGCAAGUGGUUACCGACACACCAGCCGUCGGCCGCGCUCGGUGCGUUCGACCUCGACCUCGACGACCUAGAGGUGUUAGGCCUCGACCCCAGGAGCCCGGACGAGCUUGAUGGCAUCAAGGACACGACACUUGUCCAAUAUGCGCAAGCGCUGGUCAACUUUGACGAGCUCGCCUCAGUAUCAUCCAGGAGUGGAGGCGUCGUCGAUGGAUGGGAGCUUGCCAUCCACAUCCUUGGUCGCAUCGACUCACGCGAGCACUCCGAGGACACGAUUGGGGAGCUCGUCAAGAACCUUCUCGACGAUGUCGACGCCAGCGCUGGGGCGGUCGUGGACAAGGUCUGGAGGCUCUUGAAUGAUCUCGGCAUGAUUGAAUUCGCCGAAGAGACAGCAGAGCACUUCGGAGAUGCUCUCGCGCGAGAGUCUCACAGCUACGGCCAGGCUAUGUGGUACUACUCGCUAUCACACCGGCCGAACAAGGUGCGGGAGGUCAUGAAUCUUCUCAUAUCGCACUCCCUCCUGCAGUCCAUCGCAUUCCCGCCUGACGAGGAGCUGGACGAGCAUCUGAGAAGGCUAUUGCACGACCGCAACGAGACGCUUGCGCAGCUCGCGAGCCAGGAUCUGGAGGCGGCCCAACUGCUCGGCAAAAUGCUGAGCGGAUACGCGACCCUGCGGCGAUUCUACGAUAUUCGCGACGACGAGGACUACAUCCCCAACCCCCACCGUAGGGCGGCGGCGGCCGACGCUCUCGUCUCUGUGAUUGCGGCCUGCGACGACAAUGUCCGUGGAGGGCUCUUUGACCCGACUCGUGACGGUCUCGUUAGCGAGGACUUCCUUCUAGCUCUUCUGGGAGAGGCAACGGCGCUGGUAGACAGUGACGGGAGCAAGCCACGGUCUCAGAGGCAGCCCGUCAUACAACCCGGAGCCAAGGCAGUCAUGACUCUGGAUCAUGUCGACACGCUCCUCAAGGCAGCCGAGGACGCCGUGGCGAUCAAGUCAAGCUCGGUGUACGCAACGUGCAACGAGUUCUUCAAGCUCACGCUCGCGUCGCUACCGGGGCUCAAGGGAUCCGCGCCGACCGACUUGAUGCGGCGGACGGCAGGCGGCGGCGGCAGCACGAGCAGCUCGUACAUCCUGGGCGGCAGCUCCAUGCUGGCCAGCCAGCUGCACCGGAGCGUGUCGUCGGCGUCGCUGGCGGCCAAGGAGGCGGCGGCCAGGCGUGGAUGGGACUGGAGGACAUCGUUCAACGCCUCGACUACGGCGGACGAUGUGCUGCGGAGACUUCGGUUCGGCGUGGCUAGGGACCUCGCCCGGUUGUGGGUGGAGGAAGCUGAUAGGGUGUUCUAGACGUUGUUUGGAGGCCAUAGCUUUAGGUUAGCCAUCAAUCUCGCCGCUAUUUUCUUUCUCUCCAUUUCUCGCUGUUCUAUCCGUCCACACAUUUUAUCUCGCAGGACGGUGCUGGGAGUAUGUAGCUAGUACCCCCCGAAGAGGAAUUGUUUUUGUAUUAUGUUGCGUGGAACAAGUCGUUGUGGUUCCGGCGUUGAGGAGGCACGGUGGACUUGAUAUUACCAGAGAAGAUGAUUGAAGGCGGUAUCUGCGCGUACGAGCUAAAGACGACGUCAAAAUACUAGCAGUGACCCGACUAGGCUUCCC